CCAUCGAAAUUUCGUCUGGCACAGUUGCACAUUCUCAGUUAGACGUAGACCUCGUUUGGUGUUCCCGCGUUUUUUCAGAUCCUCAUUCUAUUGUGUGAUUGAACACGUUUUUUCAAUUCUUUCCUCUAGUCGUAGGAAAGAAAUUGAACAAUUUUUUCAAGUAGUGGGCUAGAAAAACUGAGUUGAACGGACAGCAAGAUCUUUGACAGACAAUCCUUGUGGACGUGCUAGUGUCGAGCGUGAAUCCUUCUUGUAUCUUAGGUGUGGCUGGAAGGCAAAUUAUUUUCCAUCGUGUACGAAGACGUGCAAAAUUUAGAAGAAAAUGGCACAUGUUUGCCAGCAUCUGCGUUUUCCAGAUUUUUGCGGAUGGAAUUCCAAAACUGCACGCCACAUCGGAUAAUCAGAUCGACGCCGAUAUUCCUGUGAUCGCUGAACAUCGAUUCGAUUCUAAUUUAUUAGACGAGGGCCGGGACUAGAAGAGAUUGAAAUCGACUAGUUAUUCCAAUGGCUUCUGAAAACGUUUGGUCGGAGCAGUUGGCGGACAUGGCGGACGAAGCCGCAUAUGGGUCCGAUAAAAUGAUGCUGGACGACAUUGUGGGCUUGGAAGAGCUAAUGGCCCUCAACAUCACCAACGAGAACGAAUUGGACUGUUUGUUUAAUUUCUUGCGCCAACCUUAUCCGCCGGAAGGCUUCGAAACUGUCUCCGCCUUUUGCAACAGUACGUGGGAUGGUGUCAGUUGUUGGCCGACGACGCUGGCCGGCUCGACGUCCGUCCUCCCUUGCGUCGACGAACUCAACGGCAUCAAAUACGACACGGCCCAUAAUGCGACGAGAGUCUGCCAGCCGAACGGAAUGUGGGCAAAUUAUAGCAACUACCGUUCGUGUGUGCCGUUGUCGACCGAUUUCGGAGGUGCAACUCCCGAGUACGGCGUCGGCAUCAGCGAGGACACGACCACCAUCUACUUUACCGGCUACACCGUCUCCAUCGUGGCCCUCACUCUCGCCAUCUGGAUCUUUAUUCACAACAAGGACCUCCGCUGCCUGCGCAACACAAUCCACACGCACUUGCUCAUCACGUACAUCAUGGCCGACCUCCUCUGGAUCGUCACGGCUACUCUGCAGUUGUACCGUGGCGAGACCAAUAAAGGAUCGUGUAUCAUAGUCAUUUUUCUUCACUACUUCCACCUGACCAACUUUUUUUGGAUGUUUGUCGAAGGUUUUUACCUCUACAUGCUCGUCGUGGAAACGUUCUCUGCCGACAAGAUACGAUUACGCAUCUACGCGCUUAUUGGUUGGGGGAUUCCGCUACCGGUGGUCAUCGUGUGGGCUGUCGUUAAAGCCAACUGGUUCACUUACACGUCGACAGAAGGCCACCAGAAGCUGGACCUGGAGUCAUUCCUGGCCAACUGUCCGUGGAUGGUGUCCAACUCGACAGACUGGAUAUAUAUGAGUCCGGCUAUCAUUGUCCUCUUCGUCAACAUUCUCUUUCUCGUCAAGAUCAUGUGGGUUCUGAUAACGAAACUGCGCUCAGCUAAUUCAGCCGAAACGCAACAGUACCGCAAAGGUAGCAAAGCUCUUUUGGUGCUGAUUCCUCUUCUCGGGCUCACCUACGUGCUGGUCAUCGCCGGACCUACAGAGGGUCUCAUCGCCAUUUACUUCUCACACAUUCGAGCUGUUCUUCUUUCCACUCAGGGAUUCCUGGUCACUUUGUUCUUCUGCUUUCUCAAUACGGAAGUACGCAACUCGUUGAGACACCACUGGAACAGAUGGAGAACCACUAGUCGUUGGCUUGAUCAUUCCCAAAGUCACAAUAGCCGAGCUAAUAGGUGUGGCGCAGUGUUAAGUAACAAACGCAAUGCUAUGGAUGGAUUUCGAGCUACGUCCGAGAGCACCAGGUUGUAUAGCAGCUUUCAAGAACGCAGUCAGAACAAACGUGAUUCUGCGUUCAGUGAUGUGACGAUGGUUACUGCCUUCACCCCCAGUUCGGUCAUUCAUCUGAGCAAUUUCGGACCGAGCAACAUUAGCGUUGAAGGCAAUUUGGACAUGCGAGAACAACUCGAACUUUACCUGCCCAGCAAAGUGAAUAAAUGCAGAAACUCGGUUUGUUAGCCAUCAGCAGGCGGGUUGAUAGCUAGUGGUCAUUGGCAGUCACUACUUUUUAUGGAGAUGUUUGCUCACAACGGAUACUGGUAUUUAUUUAGGAUUAUGAACGUUUGAUCAACAAUCACCGCUAGUAAAUUUUUUCACGUUUACAAAAAAAACUUGGACCUUUGAGGAUAGAAGGUACCAACAUUCAUUUGCCAACGAUUUGGAAUAGGAUUUCCUUCAGGAGGUGUACGCUCAUACAAAAACCGAAACAAUAUGCUACUAUGGGUGUUACUUAUUUCACUGUAAACAUUAUCCAUGUAUUCGUCACGGCCCUUGUUUGUUUUGUGUUUUUUGUGGAUGUUUUCUCUGUGUUGGCGAUUCACAGCGAUAACGAAAUUUCAUCGGUGCGCUUAAACUGAUCGAAUGGUGUAAUUGUGGAAACGUGAUCCUGCCUUCAGUUAAUAACCCUUAAAGGCGCUUUAUCCGACGCCUCUCGUUCCAUACUGGUACCUUAAUAUAAACUGUGCGUAUACGUACGUCAAGUUUUCCUAUUUCCAAAUUUUUGACUACUCAACUAGGCGUAAAAUAGCUUGUUGUUUUCCUAACUGAGGAUGCUAGAUUUUCUGCUGAAUCCCGAAUUGAAGACACGCACUAAAGUUGUACAUCAUACUUCAUACUGUUACUUGAACAAUUUUUUGACGAUAACCAAAUUUAUAUAUGUAUAAUCGGUUCAAUAAAUAAUGUGUGACGUG